AUGGCACAAGAUCUCAAAACGCUUGACUCCAUGACCGCCGGCGAGGACGCCGCUUCUCUUCCUUUUUCCCGGGGCAGCGACGGUCUCAUAUGGAAAGUCGAGGCAUCGACCGGCGACCAUGCUUUCACGCCGAGUCGACUCUGUGUGCCACCCUCCUGUGUGCAAACCUUUUUCGAAGUCGCCCCUCCAGUGUCCUGUCAUGCCGGAUUCGCCAAAUGCUACGAGGCAUAUCUCGCCAAUGGUACAUACGCAGCCUCCGCCAGCUACGGGGUAUAUUCGACACUGUCCUCAAUGCCAGCUCUAUCAGACACCUCGGCAUCUGCCACAUGGAUCUCUGCAGCCCAUUCUUACCCCGCCUGUGCCAUUUCAUACCUUGACAAUUGA